AUGGCGAACAAUCCCGGCGAGACCCCGUCCGACGAUUUCCUCGAGCAGAUUUUAGGGUUUCCCGGCUACGUCCCCGGCACCGAGGCCGCUAUGGCGGCGAGCGAGGCGGCGCAGAACGCGAUGAUGCUGCAGCUCGGCUCCGGCGACGGCUCGUCUCACCUCGGCGCCCUGGGCGGCGGGCUCGGAGUCGGAAUCGGCGGCGGAUACGGCGUCGGGGGUGGAGGCGGGGGGUUCCCCCUUGGUUUGAGCUUGGAGCAAGGGAAGGCGGCGUCUUCUUCUAUAGCCGUCAAUCAUGAUUUUGAUGGCUUUUCCAGGUGUGGCGGGAAGAGGUUCGUCCGGGACGAGCUCGUUGGUUCUCGCGCCUCAUCUUCUCUCAAAUCGGGUUUUCAUGGACAGCCAAUCACAAAUACAGCUCCUGCAGCGCCUCAUCCACCAGCUGUCCGCCCAAGAGUACGAGCCAGACGAGGCCAAGCGACCGAUCCACACAGCAUUGCUGAGAGGUUGAGGCGAGAAAGGAUAGCCGAAAGGAUAAGAGCAUUGCAAGAGUUAGUUCCUAGUGUCAACAAGACUGAUAGGGCAGCUAUGCUUGAUGAAAUUGUGGAUUAUGUGAAGUUCUUGCGACUUCAAGUGAAGGUACUGAGCAUGAGUCGAUUGGGAGGAGCUGGUGCUGUGGCUCCACUCGUGACCGACAUCCCAAUAUCCUCUCUUGAGGAGGAAGGAGCUGACGGUAGUCGAGCUCAACCGGCCUGGGAAAAGUGGUCCAACGAUGGCACGGAAAGACAAGUGGCUAAGCUCAUGGAAGAAAACGUCGGGGCCGCAAUGCAAUUUCUUCAAUCCAAGGCACUCUGCAUAAUGCCCAUAUCGCUUGCAAAAGCCAUCUACCACACACCGCCGCCCGAUCCUACCUCCUUCGUGAAAUCCGAGUGCGACCCGCCAUCCUAA